AUGCUGCAGAUUCGCCCCUCCAUGAAUCCGCGCAACCGCGCAGCUUCCGGCGGCCCUGAAUAUUCUGUACCGCUCGCCUCCAUUGGCAUCUGGAGAGGAGAGCCAUCUGGGAAGUCAACAUAUCUUGGGGUUGUUGCUGCUUGUGGCCUCCAAAGGUUUUUAGUGUUGCACUUGUUGUUCUGCGAGAUGGGUUCGCAGGCACAGCGGGCACCCUCCUCGUCCACGAUGAGAUUGGUAUUGUUCCUCGGCCUGGCCAUGCUGGCCCAUGGUCAAGCCACCCAGGGCUUCGAGAACAUUUCCGAACCAGGGAUGGACUUCUUCAUUCUCGUCAGGUGA